AUGAUGAUGAUGGAAAAUGAAAUGAAAUCAUCACCAUCGCUUGAAACGUAUUCUUUGUACAUGCAAACAGGUUUCUCAAUGCAACCAACAUCGACUUCAUCAGUACCACCAGAAGAAAUUGACCCUGAUUCACCAGGAUCGCCGAGUUCUAGAGAAAAAAAAGCUGACGAUCGAGUUAAAAGACCAAUGAAUGCAUUUAUGGUUUGGUCAAGAGGUCAACGACGAAAAAUGGCACAAGAGAAUCCGAAAAUGCAUAAUUCAGAGAUUUCAAAGCGACUUGGACUUGAAUGGAAACAGUUGAAUGAAGCUGACAAACGGCCUUUUAUUGAUGAAGCAAAACGAUUGAGGGCGAUUCAUAUGAAGGAACAUCCCGAUUAUAAGUAUCGUCCAAGGCGAAAAACAAAAAAUAUGCCGAAAAAGAAUGGUUUGACAAUGCCUACAGCAUUUUUAGAUCCAAUAAAACAGAGUAUUUAUAAUCCAGUGCCUACUUGGCAACAGCCUAUUACAUCUGUAGCUGCGCCACCGUAUUUCGACUCAUAUAAUUUGUAUGCACGGCCUGGUUAUGAAAACAUGAUUGGAAUGCAGUAUUCUUUAGGAGCCACUGCAUCCCCCAGCCAAUAUGCUCAAUCACCGGCAUCAUUAGCUGUAGCUGCUGCUCAGUACCAACAGGUACAGCAACAACAGCAACAACACCAACAACAACAGCAACAACAUUAUGGCAGUAGCAGUGUGAUUCUACCUAUUAAACCUGAAGUAGAAAAUCCAGCUUCAACUGGUUCUCCAGAUACACCUUCUAUAAGUGAUGCGCCGUCUCUUACUCAAUUUCGUGCCUUUUACGAACCACCAAAGGAACCAAUGAAUAUGUAUUUACCACAAAAUCAAGACCCUCGAUUACAAUAUCCGUCAUUGAAUGGUGUGGAUUCGCACAUGAACAUACCUUUACAGCAUAUGCCAACAAUGUGA